AUGGCCAAGCACCGUAAGGUGUGCGGCAAAAAGAAGGCACCAAAGACGCGCAAGGUCAUCAACCGUGAGUCUUACAAGCGCCAUAAGGACAACAUCCUGAACAAGCGCUUCGAGCAGAGGGCGUUCAACCGGUUUCGUCGUCUCGAGGUUGCCAGAGAACAGCUAGUCACGUUGAGCAAUAAGCCUCUCGGUGUUGAGCCCAUAAAAGUGAAGCACUGGACCCCUGCAUCAAAAACGAGCCUUCUUCACGGUAUUAGUAAGGAUCCGAAUCUCUUUGCGUUCUGUCUUAACCCUUUCGCGAGCCACUUUGGUAAACUAUAG